AUGAAUCAGAAGAUAACACAAAAUGAAAGUCACCAAAGGGGUGUUGAAUGUCAAACAGCUCACAUAAGUGAGAAGCCAUUUUCAUGUUCAGAAUGUGGGAAGUGUUUUUCUGUAAAACAAAAUCUGGUUAGACAUCAAAGAACUCACACAGGGGAGAAGCCAUUUUCAUGUUCAGAAUGUGGGAAGUGUUUUUCUAUAAAACAAAAUCUGGUUAGACAUCAAAGGACUCAUAGUGGAGAGAAGCCUUUUUCAUGUUCAGAAUGUGGGAAAUGUUUUAACCAGAAAUCAGCUCUUGUUAAACAUAAAAUUAUUCACACAGGGGAGAAGCCAUUUUCAUGUUCAGAAUGUGGGAAGUCUUUUUCUAUAAAACAACAUCUGGUUAGACAUCAAAGGACUCAUAGUGGAGAGAAGCCAUUUUCAUGUUUAGAAUGUGGGAAAUGUUUUAUUGAUAAAUCGGAUCUUGGUAAACAUCAAAGAAUUCACACAGGGGAGAAGCCAUAUUCAUGUUCAGAAUGUGGAAAACGUUUUGUAGACGUUUCUAAUCUUUAUGGACAUCAGCACACUCACAGAAGGGAGAAGCCGUUUUCAUGUUCAGAAUGUGGAAAAUCUUUUCAUGAUAAAUCAGCUCUUGUUACUCAUCAGAGAAUUCACACAGGGGAGAAGCCAUUUUUAUGUUCAGAAUGUGGGAAAUGUUUUGCUACAAAAAAAUAUUUGGGUACGCAUAAAAAAACUCACACAGUGGUAAAGCCAUUCUCAUGUUUAGAAUGUGGAGAAAGUUUCAACCAUAAAUCAGACCUUGUUAAACAUCAAAGUACCAACACAGGGGAGAAGCCAUUUUUAUGUUCAGAAUGUGGGAAAUGUUUUUAUUUAAAAAGAUAUCUGGUUACACAUCAAAGAACUCACACAGGGGAGAAGCCAUAUUCAUGUUCAGAAUGUGGGGACUGUUUUAACCGGAAAUCACAUCUUGUUACACAUCAAAAAAUUCACAAAAGAGAGAAGUCAUCUUCAUAUUUAGCUAGUCACUGA